ACAUUUCUUUUGUCGUCGGCGGAGGAAAUAGAUUGGGACGACAGCGUAGACCCCUUCCAAUUGCGACUUCCCAACGCGGCGCAGAAGCUUUAUUUGGUAUCGAGGAAAGGGGGAACUAAAGCGAGAAGAGAAGCCAUCCUCGAUCGUGUCCUUCGAGCAGUAAGAUUCUGUCAAAACCAAUGGCAUCUUCUUUAGAUCAAUGGAUGAGGGAGUUCAAUGAAGCUUCAAAGCUCUCUGAGGAUAUUAGUGCCAUGAUGUCUGAAAGGGGCUCUUUGCCUCCAUCAGGCCCCGAUACACAACGCCACUUAACUGCGAUGAGGAGGAAGAUAACAAUUCUUCGGACCAGACUGGACAGCUUGGAGUCUCUCCUUUCAAAGCUUCCUAGUAUGCAGCCAAUAAAGGAUAAGGACUUACAUAAGCGCCAAGAAAUGCUAGCAAACAUGAAAUCUAAAGCAAAUCAGAUGGCUUCUACGUUAAACAUGUCAAACUUUGGUAACAGGGAGGACUUAUUUGGAGAUGGUAUAAAGUCAGCUGAUGUGAUGAGCAGAACUUCUGGGUUGGAUAAUCAAGGUAUCGUUGCUUUACAGAGGCAGGUUAUGAGAGAGCAAGAUGAGGGCCUUGAAAAGUUGGAGGAGACAGUUUUAAGCACAAAACAUAUUGCGUUAGCUGUCAAUGAAGAAUUGGAUCUCCAUACAAGAUUAAUUGAUGAUCUGGACGAACAUGUUGAUGUAACCGACUCACGGCUACAGCGAGUGCAAAAGAGGCUGGCAAUCCUUAACAAGCGCACAAAGGGUGGUUGUUCAUGCAUGUGCCUGCUCCUGUCCGUGGUAGCAAUUGUGAUUCUGGUCAUUGUAGCUUGGCUUCUCAUCAAGUACUUGUAGGCGGAGCGCAAGUAUAAAACAAUGUGUAUCUCUGUAUUUGUUACCUCUUCAGCGAAAGCUAGGCUUGUGUGCCUAAACUGCUGAGCUUUCAUUUGGUCAAUAUCUUUGAAUUUGAGAUACGUCAGAAGUGUCUUGAGCCUUUUGUAUGUGAUGUCUUGUGUCCAAGCACAAUGAUCGGAUUUGUAUGAUGAACAACAGAUCGCCUUGAAAUA